UACCGCGUUUGGCUAUGGAAGUCUUAAAGAGGAUGGCGAAGAUGUUGCGAGUCUGGUGGGACAUCUCAAGGGAAUCGGAGUGGAGAAAAUCGUUCUGGUGGGGAGCUCAAGUGGUAAGAUGGUUCAUGUCCAGCCUCCUUUUCUCUUCCCUUGAAAUUACCAAACUCCGCUGACAUGCCCAAAGGCUGUCAGGCUAUCAUGACUUAUGCCAGUACUGAGCCGGCGCCACCUCCAGUCGACGGCUAUAUCAUGCAAGCCCCAACUUCAGAUCGCGAAACAGCAGGAUUACUCAUGCCACAGGACCUGCUUUCCGCUAGUCUCGAAUACGCUGGAGAUCUUAUUGCUAAAGGCAAGGAGAAGACCAUCAUGCCAGCCUCCUUCAUCCCAUCUAUCAUCACCUCGCCUGUGACAGCAUACCGCUGGUACUCCUUAGCCUCCGUUGGCGGCGAUGACGACUUCUUUUCGUCUGAUCUACCGACCUCAGCUCUUCAGUUUACCUUUGGCAGACUGGACAAACCGAUGUUAAUUUUGAUGUCUGAGAAGGAUGAGAUGGUUCCGCUUACGGUGGAUAAGGAGUUGUUGCUGGGGAGAUGGGUCAAAGCCAUUCCAGAGGGUUUGACGAGUGAGCAAUCACAGAUUAUUACCACCGCUGACCACGAGCUCAGCGAGGAAAGAGUAGCUAGGUAUUUCGUAGGGCUGGUUGUUGAAUUCCUAAAGGAGCUCAACAAGGAACCUGCUGGAGCGCCCUUGAAGGUCUGCCAACCAUGUAUUUGAGAAUUCACAUUGUUCACAUCAGAAGCGUAU